AUGAAGUCCUUCCUUCUCGCUUCGGUCCUCGCGGUGGUGGCGUCUGCCAUCCCCAUGCCCGCCCCUGCUCCUCCUGGAAUCCCCUCCAAGUCUACUGCCCAGACCCAGCUCAACGCCUUGACUGUCAAGGCCAACUAUGACAACGGCGGUUACAACCGUGACCUCUUCCCCCACUGGAACACCGUCUCAGGCGCUUGCAACACUCGCGAGACCGUCCUCAAGCGUGACGGCACCAACGUCGUCACCAACUCGGCUUGCGCCUCCACCUCGGGAACAUGGUACUCUCCCUUUGACGGCGCCACCUGGACUGCCGCCUCCGACGUCGACAUUGACCACAUGGUCCCCCUCAAGAACGCCUGGAUCUCGGGCGCCUACCAGUGGACCGCCGCCAAGCGGACCCAGUUCGCCAACGACCUCAACACCCCCCAGCUGUGGGCCGUCACCGACAACGUCAACCAGGCAAAGAGCGACAAGAGCCCCGACUCGUGGAAGCCUCCCCUCACCAGCUUCUACUGCACCUACGCCAAGAGCUGGGUCGCCGUCAAGUACUCUUAUGGUCUGAGCAUCACCAGCGCUGAGAAGAGCGCUCUUACGAGCAUGAUCAACACUUGCUAA